AUGAAUUCCGUGAUUCCGCCAGUUGAGGUUCAAGGUCGCCUUUUGAAGACAGAAAACGAUCGAGUACACAUCAUCAUCUCAUCGAAAAGCGGAACCAGAGCUGAUGCAGUGCGGCAGUUUCUCGUGCGCGGUGUCUAUUAUCAGCGAUACGACACUCCCCAGCCCAUCGAUCCUAUCACCGACGAGGAGCUCCCUCGAUUACAGCACGAUGUUUCACUUUUCCAAGAACUCGGCGUCAAUACUAUACUUGUUCGUAAGUAUACGCAAAUCUCCGUAGCUCUGCUCCCAUGUGCUUAUGCGAACAGCUACGAUCGACAACACAAAAUCCCGAACUCAAGCCAUGAAUAUGCUGGCAGAAGCGGGAAUCUAUGUUCUUUUCGUAAGUCAUCAUCUCUCUAACUUUACAUAGGCGGACUGAUCAUUUCUCUGUAUAAUAUAGUGCCUCUCUACCCCCCAAGUCUGCAUCCGACGCUCCCAUCCGCGCGAAUCUUACAACGAAAACUUGAUGGCGCACUACUUUCAAAGUAUCGAUGCGAUGAGCCCUUUCCCGAACACAUUUGGCGUUCUUGUGGCAGAUUUGCUCAUCAACAAUGAUCAAUCUUUGGCUUGCGCUCCGGUCUUAGCAGCUGUGGUGCGAGACGUUAAGCGCCACAUGACUUUGAGGCACCAAAGAUCUGGCGAACGAGUAGUACAAGUUGGAUAUGGUGGCGCGUCGACGAGUCUCAGAGAUAAGGCUGUUAUGGAGUAUCUAUCCUCUGGAGAUAUUGGAAACCGAAUCGAUUUCUGGACUGUGGGUAUCCCAAUCGGUUGUGUUAAUUGAAAUGGAGUGACUGACAUGACCCGAAAGUGUGCCUGCUUUUCGUGGGCUGGAGAGUCGGAUAUGCAAAUGAGCGGCUACAACCACCUGGUACGGGCAAGGCAGUCUCCAACGUGCAACUGAAAGGAUACUGAUCAUUCUGCAGAUUCAGCAAUAUCGAAAUGCCAACAUCCCAAUCUUCUUCUCCGAGUAUGGUGCUGCUCUGGGGGGUGAAACAAGAUCUUUCCACGAGACCAGAGCCCUAUUCUCCCCAGAAAUGACUCAAGUCUUCUCUGGAGGCUGUGUAUAUGAGAUGUGGAACGGAGCAAACCGGUAUGGUCUUGCGCAGCUGAUCAAAGAUGGACGAAGUAAAUGCAAAAAAGAUAUCGUUGAGAGUCGACAGACCGAAUUCGGAGAAUUGGUGCUGUACAAGGACUUUUUUCAUUACAAAGCUGGUCUUGAGGCUACGAAGGAGGUAGUGCCAAGUGAGAGUGAGAGAUUCGGUGGUGCUGAAGAGGGAGAAGGAGGAGAAGUGGUGACAGCUUUGGAUCAAUGGCGAAUAUCCCAGAUACACGGGCCUGUUCCUGCGAGAGCUGCGUGA